AACGCUCUGAGCUAUUUGUUAGCAGUCGGAUGUUGUGAAGAAGAGACGCAGCAGGAGAAGCAAUGGCACCGUCCAACAUUUUCUCUAGAGUUUGUUCCGCUGUGGAGGAGCUCUGAGCCAACAAGAAGGCGGGCAGCGCCGCUGGUUGUUUCCAUGGCCGUGGGCUGAUGGGCAAAGCCAUGCGGCUCCACUGGCUGCUCCUUGGGGCUUGCGGCUGGGUGCUGCUCAUCCUGAUGUUUGUCAGCAAGAUUAUCAGCUUCCGAGCUGUAGACGACUAUGGGGGUCAGAGCUGGACAGUGCCAGGCACCAAGGUAGUGAAACCCAUUCCUGUUUCCAGCCCAGAGAAACCAGCUCCAAAGCCAUCUGAUAAGCCCUCAGAAGCACCCACAGCGACGGAUUGGCAGGCGGUGGUUGACAGGCGGGCCGAGCUGCUCUCAGCUGUGUGUAAGAACAGCAGCUUCACUAAUCUGACUCACGUCUCCAUCAGCAAGUUUGUCCUGGACCGCAUCUUUGUCUGUGACAAGCACAAGAUCUUGUUCUGCCAGACGCCCAAAGUGGGCAACACACAAUGGAAGAAGGUCCUCAUUGUGCUUAAUGGAGCGUUCCCCAACGUGGAGGAGAUCCCAGAGGAUAUCGUUCAUCACCAUGACAAGAACGGUCUGCCCCGUCUGUCGUCACUCACGCCGCAAGAAAUUACUCACAGAUUGAACACUUACUUUAAGUUCUUCAUCGUGAGAGACCCCUUUGAGCGCCUCAUCUCCGCAUUCAAGGACAAGUUUGUGAAGAACCCUCGCUUCGAGCCGUGGUACAAGCACGACAUCGCUCCCGCCAUCAUCCGUAAGUACCGCAAGAGCCACCGCGACAGCGAGCACGCCGCCUCCGGCCUGCACUUCGACGACUUUGUCCGUUACCUGGGUGACGUAGAAGGCCGCCAGCGCAUGGACCGGCAGUUCGGCGAGCACAUUAUCCACUGGGUGACUUACGCAGAGUUGUGCGCGCCGUGCGAAAUCCACUACAGCGUGGUGGGCCACCACGAGACGCUGGAGCAGGACGCCCCCCACAUCCUCAAAGCUGCAGGCAUCGACCAGCUGGUGUCCUACCCCGCCAUCCCUCCAGGCAUCACCCGCUACAACAGGACCAAGGUGGAGCAGUACUUCUCAGGCAUCAGCAAGCGAGACAUCAGGCGUCUCUACGCACGCUACCAGGGCGACUUCCACCUCUUCGGGUACCCGAGCCCAGACUUUCUACUCAACUAAAAACCAUUAACACUGACUAAAAGACAUGUUCUGAUAUAAAAUCCUCUCUUUGGUUUACAGAGACAGGUGUAUUGUAGCUGACCGCGUGCCGCAGAAUAACCUUCUUAUUAUAGGAAUAACUGCUGGGUUGCAAUGAAGGAAAAGUGCAAAUAUUAUUAUAUUUAAUGGUGUUUUAUGAAGAGAGACUGUAACUGAUAAGUGGGCUGUCACAUAGUCGCAUAAUAAUGAGAUUCCGCUGCAAUAAAAGCUGCAGGAUUUCUCAUUUUGUGUGCAAAAUAAGGUCACAUGCAGGUACAGAACACAUUUGCUAACUUAUAUUUAAUGUUUUAAUGUAAUGUGGAAGAGGUGUACUCUGUCCUGCGAGGGAUACAGGCCCGUUAGCCUGUAAUGUAGCUAUUAUACCGCACUGUAUGGGUCAGCUGCUCUCAAGGGAAGCUCUGCUACGACAAUGCUACGCGUUCUGACAUGUCGUGUCUUUUCUGUACUUCUCGCUGUCAUGCUAGUUCUAGGUGCAGAGAGUCCGUAUCAGGGAUGCUAACAUUUUUGAAACAGAAGAGUUAACGCUGAGAGUUUAGUAAGUACUGAUUGGACACAAUGUAUUCCAUUGAUGUUUAAAGGAUCUACAAAUCAGUGUUUACUUUUUAUAUUUUUUACCAUUAUUUUGUGCUUAAUUUAAGAUGUCUUGCAAGACAGCAACUUAAACCCUAAAUAUCACAAAACUCUAAAUCUAGCGGUCCUCCUCUGAUCCAGACUAGUUCUGGUUCUGCCUUGACUCAAACUGACACAAGAAAAUCUUUUGACUCCACUGAACCGACGAAGGAAAAUGGCGCCGGAUUUUAAAGGAUCAUUUUUCUAUCAGAAAUGUACUGUGUAAAUGUUCUUAACAUGACUUGCAGCUGAACAUUUGUAUUACAUGUUGCUAUUUAUAAUAUUAUUAACCUAACACCAAGAGUGUCUCAAUUGUAAGACAGUGCAACUGCUACUACCUGGUGACCUUUUGGACAGGCGUUACAAUAAUACAAGGACAACACUAGUUAGUAAUAAAGUUCCAUGUGAAAUAA